CAAAAAUGAUAAAAUCAAAAAUAAAUUUAAAACGUCAAUCAUUGGACGAACGUUUAGGUAUUGCUAUAGCCGUAGAGAAUGAUGAAAAUAAUGGGAGAGUUUUAUGCGUUCGAAUAGAACAAGUGGAAGAAAAUUCUGCUGCCCAACGCAGCGGUUUAUUACCUGGAGAUGCAAUUAUACGAAUUGAUGGGAUAAGUGUUAAUAGCUGUACACGAAUUGAAUGUCUGAGACUUUUUGCCGACGCCAAGCUUUUAACAGAAUUGGUUAUUUUGCCUGUUGAAAUAAUGGAAGCGAUCGAGAAACUUGGAGGUGCGAACGAAGAUGGAAUUUAUAAAAAUAUGCAAAACAAUAUAAAUAUGAAAAAGCCAGCACGAGGUAAUUAA